CAAUGUGUUCGAUUCCUCUUGCAACAGAUAUUUACUUCAAUUUAAGUAAUGGACAAAAAAUUCCUGCUUUAGGGGUUGGUACAUCUCCACCUGAUAAUAAGCCUGCUGUUAAAGAGCAAGUUAUCACUGCUGUUAAAGCUGGAUAUCGACAAAUUGAUACUGCUUGGUAUUAUGGUACCGAGCAGUAUGUUGGAGAAGCUCUAAAAGAAUUGUUUGAGGAAGGAGUGGUGAAGAGAGAAGAAUUGUAUAUUGUUACAAAAUAUUGGCCAUCUUUAUAUAAUAAUCCUGAAGAAUCAAUUAAUCAAUCUUUGAAAAGAUUACAACUCGACUAUGUUGAUUUAUUAUUACAACAUUAUCCCGUUGCAUUUAAAAGUGGGCCUGAUGGCCUGCCAGCUGUACCUUUAGAUGAGGCUGGAAACCUUGUAUAUGAUGAUGACCCAGUAACUGGAAAUAAAUUUAUUGAAAGUUAUCAUAAACUUGAAGACCUUUUAGAGAAUACGAGCAAGGUCAAAGCAAUUGGAAUUUCAAAUUAUUCCAAUCCGAAGUUACGUAAAUUGUUAGCAGCUGUUAAAAAGCAUAAACCGGUGGUCAAUCAACUUGAAGUUCAUCCUCUUUUGCCUCAACAGGAUAUUAUUGACUUCAACAAUCAAAAGGGUAUAAGAGUAGCUGGGUUCUCACCCGUUGGUAGUGGUGGUGCCCCAGUACUCAAGCUUCCAUUAGUUAAUCAAUUGGCUGAAAAAUAUAAUGUCAGCCCCAAUGAGGUUGCAAAUGCCUAUCUUAUCUUACAGGGAGUCCCAUCCUUACCUAGGACAUCCAAUUUGGAAAGAAUCAAAACUAAUAUACGACUCCCACCAUUGACAAGAGAAGAAAGAGAUCAAUUAUAUCAAUUGGGAGUUGAAAAUCCUGAAAGAUUCAUUAACGAACCAUGGGGACGUGGUCUUGGCUUAAAGUGGUUCAAAGGAGAUAACUUGAGUGUUGAGUUCGAUUGAGGUACAUACCUUUAUUCUAAAUGUCUUUCUUUUUAGUAGAUCUACAUUAAUUAGAUUUAAUCCUUGAAAUCUGUAGUUAUGUAAUUAAAAA